CAAUAAAUAAAGUAGCGAAGGCUGUUAAUUUUUUCAAUACUUUUCACGUUCCCGCCUGUUGGAUUUCUAUAUUUUAAAGUCUUUGCUGAGCUAUGUCAGAGGCCUAUAUUUUGGCUGCUCUUGAAUUUUUAAUUCAGUUUGGGGGAAACCAAAAUGUUUCAGACUUGUGGGCACAUAUGUGCAACAAAUUUCAUCAAGUUUCUGAUUUUAAAUAUGGCAUCGGGAAAAGCAUUCACACUUUCGAAAGAUUUCUAUCGUCUAACCCCUUAGUAUUUAACGUUGUUAAUAAUGUGGUCUGUCUUACUGAUAUAAGCAAUCCAAUGAGCGAAGAAAAGGCAUCCUCAAACCAAUUUAUCAAUCGUGGCAAUAAUUAUUCUAAGAGUGUAAGGAAUAACCGGAGUAAAUACACAAUAGAGUCGGAAGCUUCUGCUGUUAGGUACUUUCAAGAACACUUGCUGAGGAAACCUGAGAGAUGGGUACCCAUUAAGAAUUUAGCUGGUCAUUUAUCACAAGCAUCUCCUCACAUUAGAAUCAGCGUAGGUCCUCAGUCUGAAUUUGUCGAGUUUCUGAUGCGGCAUCCUUUGAUAUUUGAUAUUCAAGGCGAUCUUGUUGGGCUACGGGAUAAAUUUAAGACAAUCUGUUCUGCAGGUCCACCACCCAGUCACAGAAGAAAAAUACAGCGACCCCUGUCAUCUCACAUACCUGAAGAUAUAUAUCGAACAGUGCCGUAUCAUUGUGUAUCUAAUGGUUCUUCGAUUCCUCCACCAACCAGUCAUGAAGAUCUGUCAGCAAAAUCACAGAAUAGUGAUAACAUUGUAGUGUGUUUAGAUGACUGUAAAGCUAUUUUCUGGCUGAUGUAUGUCAUUAAGCAUAAUUUCAAGGAUGAAGUUGUGAUAUCGAGACUGCUAGCAGAACUUGCACGUGCACCCAACUCAGUCCGAAAUUGUAUUGGUUGGACUCAAAUUGAACUGCUGGAGUUUUUGAGAAAAUAUAGCAGAAUAUUCAGUGUCGAUGAAACUACAGGCGUCAUUGAAUUACAUUAUACUAACAAACUCAAUCUAUUCAUUGCUUCUAGACAUGUAAAUGAUUCCUCGUGUGGUCUAAUAAUGUCUCAAAAAGGUUGCAUCUUCUGUGUGAAUAGACUUUGGGGAAUUAUCGAUCUUGGGUUCCACGAGCAUGUGUUUUUCGACAGGUCAUUAUUCAAAAAUGUUAUGGAUCUUACUAAACACUUCAAGGUUAAAGAGAUUGUCUACUUCAAUGCUGUUUUAGCGCCAAAAGACUCUCGUGCAAAAUGGCGAGCUACAUGUGUAUGGAAAGAAACUGAUCAGAUUAUUAAUCAAUUAUCGAAAAUCAAUCAUUCUGACAGUGGUAUAGUACAACCACCAGGAUCAUCCUCAGAACAACAACAACACAAUCGUCAACUACAAUCAACUGAUGAUCCUGACUCAGGAUUAGAUAAUUCCGAUGAACUUACAGAUCAUAAGAAAAUGUUGAUGAACAGUUCUACAAAAAGAGAUAGUUCAAUAAAAGCUUUAUUUGAUGAAGAUGAUUUAUCCUCUGAAUACGAGUUUAUUAUUAAUCAAUUUGCUAAUGUUCGUAUGGUUGAUGUCUGGGAGAUUGAACAGUUUACGAGUCAAGGGAAACAUACCAAUAGUCAAAUCAGCAGUAACAGUGUUGUAACCAAUGACAGCAUCACUAAUCAUCAUAAUGAUCGGCAUCAUCAACAAGCACCACCACCACCCCCACCACAACAACAUACUAGAACUGGUCAUCCUAUGGCUUCACCACAUAAUCCAAGUGAUCUAGAUCGAAGUUCAUCAGUGAGUAGUGAAUCCUUGUCAGAUUUGAAUACGCUAUCAGAAAUACCGAGUAUUAUGUCAGGUAUACAACCGGAACCACCAAUGGUGACAAGACCUUUAAGCUGUGCUGAAAGUACUCUAAGUAAUAAUGAUGAUACUAAUUGUGACUCCAGCUCUAAAAUACUUAUGAUGCAUAAACCAGGUUGUCCAUGUAAAUGUCUAUUAUCCACAACAGAAUAUUCAUUGAUGUCACAAGGCAAAGCAAAGAAAAAUAGUGUAACUACACAAACCCUAUUUACAGGUGAUAUUAAAGGGAAGUUGGUUUAUCAUGAAACUCAAGAGACUGGUAAUCACCAUUCUUGAGUAGUUGAUUAUUAUUAUUAUAAUUAUUAUUAAUUCAUCUAUUUUUUAUUAAUCCCUCUCUUCGAAAACAACUCUAUUUUCCUAUAGUAUACACACCUAUAUAUAUAUAUGUGCUUUGUGUGUCUCCUUGUUCGAGACCUUUUCCACUUUUAUUUCAUCCAGUAAAAUAAGUAAAAAAUCGUUCUUGUAUGUGUACUCAGGUAUAGUUCAAUUCUCCCAUCUUAUCUUUAAAGACGAGUUGUUGUUGACCGAGAAAGUCUUCUUAUGUCAUUUCUAUUUGUAUUGACAUGACACAUCCGUUAUUCUUUUUUUUUAACGCGUAUGACAAACGCAACUGUUGAGUACAACUCUAGUGUGUGUGCAUGUGUGUUUGUGUGCAUGUUUCAUCUUCACUGUCUCAUUACUGACACUACAAUCAACCAGCCAUGUUAUCUUCAAACUUUCAUAUUUUUAAUUCAUCACUAUCUGUUCUAUGAGAUAAAAAUAAGAGUAUACAAAAUGACAUUUUUAUUCAUGUAAUGCAUAGAUAUUCUAACAUAUUACUUACAUCAUAAAUAGUUGCUCUCCUCAACUGUAUUCAUCAUACCUGAAUUCUUCCUAACUAUGCCUAUUUAUUCUUUUCCUUCAACGUCAACAAGAUGCAUUUGAUCCGUUUUACACACACACACUCACACACGCCAAUACUCAUAAACAC